AUGUCUGCGCCUCUCUCACCCUAUCGUGAUGACCCGUCGUUGGACAUGAAUGUAGAAGACCACGAGCAAGAGUGGGAGGUGGGAGGCCCCGAGGAAGAGGCUCAGCGUGAGCAGGAUUUGGACGCAGCGCGUGUGAUGAGCCAGGCUCGGGAUACGAGUGGCAUGUGGAUGAAUGACCAUGAAGAUGAGGCGCCCGUGGCGACGGGAUCAGUUCCGAUCGGUGGACCCAGUCCGUCGAUGAAGCAGCGCUUCUACCAGCAUAAAACCGGCUCUGCGGCCAGUCUUGACAGUCAGACCCAUUUUAUCGACCACCGCAAUCAAUCGCAUUCUCUCUCAGUCAACCCCAACUCCCCGCUUGCGAUGCGCGCGAUGCAAGGCACAAAAAGCGUACACGACACGUCGGUACCGCACGGGCGCAGCAGUCUGAGCAAGCAGGUGAACACGGAGCCGGAGUUGGUCGAGUCGCCUGUAUCUACGACGGCAAACUCGCCGCGCCGCUCGCCGGGCGACCCGUUGAAUGACCUAGCGCAAUCGACUCAUACGUCGUCGAGUCGUCGGACGCAUCUGGAAGACGACGUUUGUUUCCCGCUUCCGAACCAGACGGACGAGCCCCUGGUCGAGACGAGGCAGUCUGGCCAGAAGGACGAGUCACAGCGCCCAGGCUAUCCGUUCACGUUUGAUUUCUCGAUCCUGGACAACUUUGCACAAGAAGAGCGCGAGCGGCAUGGUCACGUCGGCUCGUGGCCAUCCAUACCAUCGUUUGGCAGCCCGCCCUCCCAGAAUGCGCGCGGCACGCAUGGCUUUGGCUCGUUCCCUGCGUCAGGGACUAGCGGCGAUGCCACGCUGUAUAGUCGCCGGCCGCGUCGCGUGCAGACUGCCAGCGGAGAAGGUGGCGGCAAGUACCAGCGCAAGCUGGCCAUGUUCGAGGGGGGCACGUCCCUUACCCGCCCGACGGAAGUGCAUCGGAGCACGUCCAUGGCGACCCAGGAGGGUGCCGACGACGCGGGGCGCCCCUUGCUGCAGAGCAACACGCUGCCUACGUAUCAGGGCAUGUCGGAAAGUGAGCCGCCCAAGACGCUCCCACGGGCGAAUUCGCAUCCGGUGCGGGGGCCGCGGGCCAAUGUGCCGAUUCCUGGUGCUAUGCACGACAAGCCGUAUCGCUUUACAUUUUACUCCAAUGCGCUCCCAUCCACCAUCCAUGCGCGCUAUCUAUCGGAGCUGCCUGGGCCUGGGCAGUCGUUUGAGGACCUGGUCCGUGGUGUGCCCAACGAGGAGGACAUCAAGGCUGUCAAGACGGGACAGGGCCCUGCGCUGAUGGGCGGCCGCCCACUGAUGGGCCAUGGCCGGCACGACAACGAGCCGCCGACCAACACGUGGUGGCUGGACGUGCUGUGUCCCACGGACCAGGAGAUGAAGACGCUGGCGCGCACCUUUGGAAUUCAUCCGCUGACGACGGAGGACAUUCUCAUGGAGGAGACGCGUGAGAAGAUUGAGCUGUUCCGCAAUUACUACCUUGUGUGUUUCCGUUCCUUUGACCAGGACCCCUACAGCCCGACAUACCUGGAGCCACUCAACAUGUACAUCCUUGUAUUUCGAGAGGGCACCCUCUCGUUCCAUUUCCGGCACACGCCGCAUCCGCACAAUGUCCGCCGCCGCAUCAAGCAGCUCAAAGACUAUAUCAACGUGUCGUCCGACUGGAUCUCGUAUGCACUCAUUGACGACAUCACGGACGCGUUCGCGCCGCUCAUCCAGAGCAUCGAGUUCGAAGUCGACAGCAUUGAUGAGCUGGUGCUGAUUCUGAAGGAGGCCGAGCAGAGCGACAUGCUCCGGCGGAUCGGCACGUGCCGGAAGAAGGUCAUGGGGCUGCUGCGCCUGAUGGGCAACAAGGCCGAUGUGGUCAAGGGUCUGGCGAAGCGCAGUAACGAGUACUGGAGUGUGGCGCCGAAGACGGAUAUCGGCAUGUACCUGUCCGACAUCCAGGACCACUUGAUUACGAUGACACAAAACUUGAACCACUACGAAAUGAUUCUCUCCCGCUCCCACAGCAACUAUCUGGCGCAGAUCAGCAUCGAGAUGACGGAUGCCAACAACCAAAUCAACGACGUGCUGACCAAGCUUACGGCGCUGGGUACCGUCAUUGUGCCGAUGAACGUGAUUACGGGUCUCUGGGGCAUGAACGUGCAUGUGCCAGGGCAAGACGUGGAGAACCUGAACUGGUUCGGCGGCAUCUGCGCCGUGAUGGUGGUCCUUGCCGUGUCGGGCUACAUCACGACGGUGCGGUACCUGAGCGCGCGGUAG